AUGCUCGAACGCGGCGUCCAGCCCCAUCUGGCCUAUCUGGUAGCUGGUUUCAUCGGCGACCUGGCAGCGUCCACCGUCGGCUGGUGGCCUCGCCGGCACAAUAACAUGCCCCCUUGA